AUGACAAUCCUCCACACUCAUUGUGAAUCACCGCAUUUGGUUCACCGCGGCUCGGGAUGCGUUUGGGGUCAGACUGUAAUGUGGGGCACCGUGGAGAGCAUCGUCAAACUGUUACGCGAAACGGCUCAGUUCGAAGGAACUGAAGGCGAAGGGAAACGACCGAAAUGGCUUCGUCAAUUGGAAGGUGGUCAUUCGCUUGGCAAGGAAAUCGACACGAUGGCCGAUGAGCGUCGAAUGCUCAGCCGAUUCGGUGUUUGGAUGAUGGCAGCACUUUGUCCACCAAAUGUGAAUGCGGACGAGAAAGCGAUCUCAUAUAUUAUGAAUAACGUGUUUCAAUGGUUUGCCACAACGGCCUUGCUGCCGAAUGACAGCAUGGGAGCGAGUCUGGAACAGCUGAAAACCGAUUUCGUUUGCGACUGGAUCAAUAUGGCAAUCAGAGUCCACUAUGGGGUCUUUAUAGAGGCGCUGUCGCCCGGCCCAGAAGAGGAAGGCCGUCAUUUUGAGAAGACUAAAGAAGGACUUGCAAGACUGCUUGCUCUGAUGCCAUAUGAUGUGAUUUCGUUGGAGACAUGGAGCCGUGUUAUGCCUGAAUGGUUGCAGAAAAUUGCAACAGAAGAACAACAAAAUGAUCUGAAAAUCCUGCUUUGCAAGAUCUUCGAACCAGAUCUUUGUCCGCUUCCUUUCGAGACUGUGAUGGUGAGGUGUUUCGAAUUCGUAAGCACCAGGCUUGGAGGAAAAAACUAUCAGGAACUCUUCAACGCUCUUCAAUGGCUGCACCUGCUAUCGCGUCUGGAGAUCUCCAUCCCAUUCGACAUGCUGCUCGAGAAGUUCAGUUUGGCUUUGUCAGGACUGUCCGCAAUGGAGAUCCCUCGCCUUGAGAAGAACGAUCUGGAAGAAGAUGACGUCUCCAUACAUAUCGUCAUCAUUGACAUACUAGUCUUGCAUGGUAAUUUACCAUCCGUUUUCCAUAUUAAUUGGAUGUGUCGCUGCGUUACCUGA